AUGGCGAAACGCACUCAACUGAUCGCGGUCUUCCUUCUAUUCCUAUUGGCCACGACCGCUACAACGGUCAGCGCCAAGAAGAAAAAAUCGAAGGUUGCAGAAGAAUCUCCCGCUGCAGAGGAUGCAGCAGCUACGGAAGAAAAAACGCCAGUCGCAGCAGAAGCAGCAGACGAGGGGGAGUCGACGGAAGCGAAGGCUUCCGCGGACGAUGCUUCCGCCAACGAAGGGGAAAAGGCGGAAGGCGGAGAGGCGGCGAAGGAGGAGAAAGAGGGUGAAGGGGAGGAUACCACCGGAGCUGACGCUGCUGUUGCUGGGGCUGGGGAGGAUCCCCCUCCUGGAAGCCAGCUGGAGCAGGAUAUUAUCAAGGCGGAGAAGAAAGCAGGAGACAUCUUCCCUGCAGGGGCGUGCAAGGGGGAGAUCAAGUCGUUCUGCGAGGGCGUGGACGUGGGCAACAGGAGUCUGGAGCGCUGCCUCUCUGACAGCUUCAAACUCACCAAGGCCGCUGACGCUGCGUCGGCCGACAAGAAGUUUGGCAAGAAGUGCCUCAAGGCCAUCCGUCGGUUUAAGAUUGAAGUGUACAAGGACAUUUCUAUCGACAAGGAGAUGAUGGAGGUGUGCAAGGAUGACAUCUCAUCGCUCUGUGACGAUGACUUCCUCUACCCCGAAGUCGGAAGCGUCCUCGCCUGCCUCAGGGAGGCCAAGUCUGGUGGCAAGAUAUCGGAGGCGUGUGGGCAGAAGGUGUUUGAGGCGCAGCAGGACGCAGCCAACGACUUUGCUCUGGACCCUCAACUGAACGAGACGUGCUCUGGGGACGUGCAGCGGCUGUGUGCUGAUGUGCCCACCGGGGAGGGGCGGGUUCAGGACUGCCUGAGGGAUCACAGGAACAGCCUCAACUGGGAGUGUCUGGCCGAGCUAUUCCGACAGGAGAUAGAGAGCUCAGAGGACAUUCGCCUCAACACCCGCCUCUUCAAAGCCUGUCUCGAAGACAAGCGCCGCUUCUGCCCCGACGUGCUGCCAGGGGAUGCGCGGGUGAAGGACUGCCUGGAGUCGCACCUGCAUGACUCUGACUUCUCCAAGACCUGCAAGGUGGAGUUUGAGCACAUGAUGGAGCGCAGGGCGUCUGACUUCCGCCUGGACUUCAACCUGCGCAAGUACUGCGCUGAAGAUAUCAGCACAACGUGUUACCAAGACGCAGAGGAUGUGGUGGACGUGGCCAACAGGGACGCCAAGGUGAUCGAGUGCCUGCAGGACUACCGAGGGGAGCUCAAGGAUCCGCGGUGCCGGCAGCAGGUGCACCAACUGACAAAGAGGGCUUCCGAGGAUAUCAGGUUCAACAGGCCGCUUGCACAGGCGUGCAAGGACGAUUCCGCCAAGCUGUGCAAGGAUGUGCCGCCCGGCCAUGCCCGCGUGCUGCUGUGCCUGCAGGAGCACCGGAAGGGCCUCACAUCCAACUGCAAGGAGGCGCUCUUCCAGGAGGAGGUGCGGUUUGCAGAGGACAUAGACUUCAAGUUCCCACUCAGGCAGGCAUGCGUCGACGAGAUGAAGCGCCUGUGCAAGGACCAGCCGGACGUGAUAAAGUGCCUGCAGGACAAGGUGGAAGACGCGGACAUGGGCAAGGCGUGCAGGGAGGAGGUGAAGAAGGAUGUGACGCGCGCAGCAGAGGACUACCGGCUCAACAAGGAGUGCUUUGUUGACGUGGAGCGCAUCUGCCUGCACUCAUGCGACGCUGCCUUGGAAAGAGGCGGCGACGCUCAAGUGCCCACCUGCUCUCUUGUUCUCUUCCUACGCUCCUCCUGCCAACCCCUCUCCUUGACAUAUUAUCGCCUCAACUUCCGCCUCAACAAGGAGUGCUUUGUCGAUGUGGAGCGCCUGUGCCUGCACUCGUGCGACGCUGCUCUGGAAACUGGCGGCACGGAAACCGGGGUGACGUGUGGGGGGGCAACACUCAAGUGUCUGACGGAGAACGAGAGGAAGCUGACCUCCAAGACGUGCCGGCAGGAGCUGUUCUACUUCAAGAAGCGGAUGGUUGCUGAUAUCUCGCUGGAUAUCCCCCUGCAGAUGGCGUGCAAGAACGACGUGGAGAAGAAGUGUGGGGGCGAGAGGGACCACUCCAAGGCGCUGGCGUGCCUGCGGGCAAAGAGGGACGAGCUGACAGAGGAGUGCAAGGAGGAGGAGCUUCGGUUGAGUGAGAUGGAGGCAUCUGACAUCCGUCUGACCCCAACGCUCAUGAACGCGUGUGGCCUCGAGCUCAACCAUUUCUGCCGCGGCGUGCACCCCGCGACUGGGCUGGCCUUCCGCUGCCUUCAGAUGAGCAUCAACGAGGUGGGCAUGUCAGUCGCCUGUAAGGCAGAAGUGGACCUUCAGACCUUCCGCCACGCCUCCUAUUACAAGCUGGAUUCCGCCUUGGCAGAGCAGUGCGAGGGGGAUGUGGACUCGCUCUGCAAGGGCGUGGAUGAGGGCAAGGAGGCCCACUCCCUCGUGCUGCAGUGCCUCGUGCAACACCAGGAGAACCUCUCAGGAAAAUGCCUCACAGAAACGGCUUAUGCCGUGCGAAUGGCCCUCUGGAUGUAUCACAAGGAUGCCGAUUUGGUCAAGCCGUGUAAUCCUGUGGUGGAGGAGCUUUGUGGAAAUCGGACGGGGGUGGUUGCGGGGGAGGGAGCGGGGAAGGCGGGGGCGGCGGCGGCGGUGGGGGUGGUGGGGCAGUGUUUGUUGGAGCAGCCUAGGGAGAAGCUGGGGGAGGAGUGUGGGCGGCUGGUGGGGCUGAUCGGGCAGCCGGGUGGGCAUGUGGGCGGGGUGAUUGACACGAGCCAGCUGGAAGAGACUCUCGCGCGUCUGGCACAGGUACAGUUGAAGCAUGAGGAAGGGGUAGAGACAGAGAGCGAGGGAGGAGGAGGGAAGCUGGUGCUGACAGGCGCUAUAGCCUUUGCGGCGGUUACCGCACUCACUGCGGUGCUGCUGGGUGCUGCCUAUCUGGUGUAUCGCAAGUGCUUCGACCCCACCAGGAACUACACUCUCAUGGUCAAGGCCGGGGAUGUUUGA